GUCUUUGCUGUCACUUCUCAACGUGAAAUUAAACAUUUCACGUGUGUUUGUUAUUGUAAUAAAUAAAAAGUACAUGAUAUGACUGAAACAUAAUUAAAUAACAAGAUGAAGCAUAUAAGGUUUGAAGAAAACAUUUUAGUAGACGAAGCCUACACAAACUUCGGUAAAGUCGACAAAAAUGCAGAUCAAAAGAAAGGUUAUGGGAUAGCCAAGAAUUUUGCUGAAAAUCUUGAAUAUGGAGAGAAAAAGAAAUGGUAUCAACAGAUGCCUGAAGAGCCAUCUAUAAUAAGUAAACAGCCGUCCCAUACGGAAGUCGAGGAAUUUAGGAUAGAAGCAAACAGUGCAUUGCAUGGGGACACAUUAGCUUAUGAAACAAAGACAAGCAAAAGUGGCUCUUCAGAUCACCAGUGGGCAAGAACCUUGCUCAAUAAAGGUACUAUCGGAGACAGAGUAGCGGCUGCCACCAUACUUGUACAGGAUAACCCAGUAUACAAUUUAACGGCAUUGAGAAAUUUGGUCAAUAAUGUAAAACCAGCUAAGAAAAAAGAUGGUAUUGUUAUCAUUGAUGCUCUAUCAGAACUCAUGAUAUCUGAUCUUCUGAUACCAGACACGAAGUUGCGUACAUUCGAGCAACACGCGCUUGGCCAUUUAGACGAAAUGACAUCUGGCAACAAACAAACAAGACGGAAUAUACUUAAACUGUGGUUCUUCGAGGACCAGUUGAAAGAGUUAUAUGGCACAUAUGUGGAAGCGUUAAACAAAUUCGCUCACGAUUCAGUGGAAGCAAACAAAGAGAAAGCUGUCAGCGCUAUGUCAUAUUUGCUUAUGCACCAUCCAGAGAGAGAAAAGAUGUUACUAAACAAUAUAAUCAACAAACUCGGUGAUCCGUCGCAAGCAGUCGCAUCGAAAGUGAUCUAUCAUUUGUGCCAACUGCUUUUCAACCAUCCGAACAUGAAGAAUGUGGUUCUUGCUGAGAUAGAAAAGAUGCUGUUUCGUGCAAACAUAUCGCCGCGUGCGCAAUAUUACGGCAUAUGUUUUCUGAACCAAUUCUAUCUUGGCAAAGACGAUUCGAAGAUAGCGGAAGGUCUCAUAAGGAUUUAUUUCUCAUUCUUCAAGGCGUCUAUUAAAAAGGGCGAAAUCGACUCCCGGCUGAUGUCAGCUAUAUUGACGGGCGUGAAGCGUGCGUACCCGUUCGCGGACGCGGACCGACUGACGGACGCUGCCGCGCACGUGGACGCGAUACACAAGCUGGUGCACCUCGCCGGCUUCAAUGUUGCCAUACACGCGCUCGCCCUGCUCUACCACGUCAGCGGGUCGUCCAAGAGCGGGGCGGAUAGAUACUACACGGCGCUGUACCGGAAGCUGACGAACGCGGAGAUGUUCAGCACCGCCCACUCGGCGCUGUUCUUCUCGCUCGUGUACAAGUCGCUGAAGCAGGACAGCAACAUAGAGCGCGUGGUCGCGUUCGUGAAGCGGCUGCUGCAGCUGUGCGCGCACGCCGCGCCCGCGCAGGCCUGCGGGAUGCUGUUCCUCAUCUCGCAAGUGCUCAAGGACGGCGCGAAGAGAGACGCCGUCAAGCUGGUGUGGGCUAAGCGGGAGGUUAAGGAGGAAACAAAAGAAACAGAGAUUCAAGACGUGGACGCAGAGAAUUCACAGACGUCUGAGACGGAAAACAACAUAAAUGACACGAGUGUAGAAGAGACCGUCCAAGAGGAGAAAGAGUAUAAGAAAAUUGAUCUAUUGAAGGGAGAUAAGAAAGAUCUUUUGAUGGACGAUGAAGAAGAAACCUAUGUAGACUUGAAAAUAGACGAAGACGGUAACAUAAAGCCCAGAAGACGCCACGCGUCAGCCGUAAGCGGAUGGUACCACGCGCGAGUGAAACCGGAGGGGGGGGAACCGGAGGGGGAUAAGGAGAUGGACACCAAGAUACAACUUAAGAAGACACUCAAUAUGCAAAAGGUACUAUCAGAAUACAACCCCAUGGCCCGCAACCCCGCGUUUGCGGGGGCGACUUGUAGUGCAUACUUUGAACUGCUGCCCCUCGCAUCUCACUUCCACCCCACAGUCAAGAUGUUUGCUGAGAAGCUGUUAAACAACCAAAUAAUCCAGUACAGCGGCGAUCCGCUAAAAGACUUCUCCGGGAUUCGAUUCUUGGACCGUUUCGUGUUCAAGAACCCAAAGCAACGCGCCGACGGGCAGGAGGACGGGCAAGUGAAGAAAGUCAAAGGGUCGCAUCCGAAAUUCGCGGUCCGAAAGAAUUAUUUGGCUAAAGGUAUAAAGAGUAUACCGGUCAACUCGGCGUCGUAUCUAAAUGAAGAUAUAUCAAGGAUACCUGUUGAUGAGAAAUUCUUGUAUGAGUUUCUACAAAAGCGUCGCACUACGUCCAAUUCAGAUGACGAGAGUGAUAACGAGUCCGUCACGAGCGAGGACUUCGAGCAGUACUUGGACACUGUCACGGGGACAAGGAAGGAAGAAUCAGAUGAAGAACUCGACUUUCUGGCUGAAGUGCAAGCAACCAAACAGACAAAACCGAAAAAGAAAGGUGAUGAAAGCAGCGAUGAAGAGAUGGCCGGUGAUGAUGAUGAUGAUGAUGAUGAUGAAGCAGCUCAAGCUGGUGGAAGUGAUGGUGAAUUGGAUAUAUCUGGUGAUGAUGAUGAACCACAACUAUCUGGUGAAGAUGAUGAAUUACAACUAGAAGGUAGUGAUGAUGAAGAUGUCAUAGAUGUACCAGGCAAGAAAUCUGCAAAGAAUAAGAAAUUUAAAUUGAAAGGAGGUGACGAUAUCAGCUCACUAUUCGCAUCAGCAGAAGAAUUCUCAACCCUCCUCGAAGAUACAGCAACUAAUAAGAAACAAGGCUCUAGUCAAGCUGUCUCAAAUAAGGACAACGCAAGCAUAAAACAACUAGCUUGGGAGGAAAAACGCGACCGGUGGAUCAAGGGAUACAAUAAAACUAUUCUCGGCAAGAAAGGCGGGAAAAAUAAGUUUAACAAAAAACAAAAUGCAAAUUCUCACAAAAUGGCGGACAGGAAAAAAGGCGGGAAACGAAAAUCUGGCCCGACAGAUGGUGCUGGUGGCAAGAAAAAAAAGUUUAAAUAAACGCUUAUUUCUUUAAUAAACAUUUGCUA